AUGAUGAGUCUCACAGGAGAGAAACCACAUCUGUGCUCUGAGUGUGACAGAAGCUUUACAUGUAAAUCAAAGCUUCUCAGGCAUCAGAGGAGUCACACAGGAGAGAAACCAUUUACAUGUUCAGAAUGCAACCAAUGUUUUCUCUGCAAGCCACAUCUGGUGCAACAUCAGAGGAUUCAUACAGGAGAGAAACCAUUUACAUGUUCUGAAUGCAACAAAUGUUUUUCCCAAAAGUCAUCUCUUGUUAUACAUCAGAGGAUUCACACAGGAGAGAAACCAUUUACAUGUUCAGAAUGCAGCCAAUGUUUUCUCUGCAAGUCACAUCUUGUGGAACAUCAGAGGAGUCACACAGGAGAGAAACCAUUUACAUGUUCAGAAUGCAGCCAAUGUUUUUCCAAAAAGUCAUCUCUUGUUAUACAUCAGAGGAGUCACACAGGAGAGAAACCAUUUACAUGUUCUGAAUGCAAAAAAUGUUUUACCCAGAAGUCACAUCUUCUCAAACAUCAGAGGACUCACACAGGAGAGAAGCCAUUUACAUGUUAUGAAUGCUGCAAAUGUUUUUCCCGAAAGUCAAAACUUGUUAUGCAUCAGAGGUGUCACACAGGAGAGAAACCAUUUACAUGUUCUGAAUGCAGCUAA